AUGUCUUCUAUUCAAAACCAAAAAUCCAAAAGAAUAGCUAUAAUUGGAUCCGGAAUAUCUGGCUUAGGUUCUGCCUGGCUUCUUUCCGAGCAUUCUCCGCAUGAUGUAGUUCUUUAUGAACAAAAUGAUUAUGUUGGAGGAAAAAAUCCAUUCUCGGUAUUUGCUCAACCAAAAAAUUUAUUGAAUAUAGAUAUGUGGAAAAUGUUAUAUGACAUUUUCAGAUUUAACUUUCAUGCUACUGAAUUAUUGAAUUUGCCUGAUGAUCAUUCCGAAAAACAAUUGAGUUUGGGAGAAUAUCUUGAUCUUCAUAAUUAUUCCGCCUCUUUCAGAAACAAUUAUUUGUUGUACGUUGAAUCCAUCAUUUCCAAUAUUAAAGAUGUAAGACUUUCGACUCAAGUGGUUUCUAUUACUCGUGAACCAUCAGAUUCUUCCGAUCCGACCUCUAGUCCGAUUAUUACUAUCAUUGAUAACAAGGCUUGGACAAAUUAUGGGUUUCAUGAAGACGGAUUUACAUCAGGAAUUAAGGUGGCUACAGAAUAUUUAGGGGCGAAAUGCCCCUUUGAAAUAAUUGAUGCAACUUAUAUUAGAGGAAAACAAGUUGAAUUAUCAACGAUUGAAAAGGUUCAAAAGCGAUUGUGGAAUGGGUUUGAAUGGUCUAUUACAUAUUCUAAACCUUUAGCGAUUGUUGGGUUUACUGUUGCAAGUGUAUACCUUCAACAGGCUUUCAAAUUGGUUAAAAAUGUCACACAUGGUCAGACCAAAACUGAAUAG